UUACAGGAACGGUCAGAAAAAGGUACCAGCGGGUUUUCCGGUGCAAAGGACGAAUAAGGAAAAGCUGAUGCGAUGACACGUGGACUGAUUAAAGCCGUUGGAUGAGGAAGGAAGGGCUGAGAUUGUAAUCUUUAUUUGACAGAUUCAUUGAAACUGGAAGAGAACUGUAGAGAAUUGCCCAGGGAGAGAUUCUUAAUAGUUUUCUUUCCUUCAAACACACUCCCUCUCUCUAUUUCUCUCUCUUAUUCCCACUCACCCACGCACACAGACACUUUCUUUUCUGUCUCAAAAAUACAACAAAAAACCGGUAGUUAAUAAGAGAGAGAGUGUGUGUUUACGAAAGGGAAAAUGGGUUGGUUUUGUCUUAAAUGAGGAUUGUGUUGCAGAGUGACGGUGCAGUUACCAUGGCGGCUUUGCAGAGCUCUAAUUCCGUGUUAUUAUUACUUGGAACAACGAAAGAAAGCUAAGUCAAGCAACCAUCUUCUCUCACUAUUUUACCCUAAAAAUAAUCAAUAAUUUUCAUCAAAAAGCUGCAAAUAACCACUCACAGAGCGUCAGAAUCAGACAAAAUCAGAAAUGGCAGGGUGGUUCUACUUAGGAGGAAGAGAAGGACAAAGCAGUAAACAAGAAGAAGAAGAAGAGAAAGAAGAAAGCCUUUAUUUGUACAGAUCAAACGAGGAGAUCUACAACAAAGGAUUUGAAAUAUGGCCACAGUAUCAUCAUCAGCAACAACAAAAUAUGAACAAUUAUGUCUCGUUUGGAGUGGGUCCUAGUCGAAGAAACUUCAUCAACGUUUCUGAUGACUCACCAAGAUCGGGUUUUACUGUGACAAGACAAGGUGGAGGAGGAGUAGGAGGAGGAAUGAACUGCCAAGAUUGUGGUAACCAAGCAAAGAAAGACUGUGUUCAUAUGAGAUGCAGAACUUGCUGUAAGAGCCGAGGGUUUCAGUGCCAAACUCACGUCAAGAGUACUUGGGUUCCUGCUGCUAAAAGGCGAGAGAGGCAGCACCAACUAUCAGCUUUGCAACGACAACACCAGCAGCAACAACAACAACAACAAAAUAAUCAACAAGAAGAACAACUACAGUUUCGAGGGGAGACUCCUAAAAGGCAGAGAGAGAAUCAAGGGUUGGAACUGAGUCAAUUUCCGUCUGAAGUUAAUUCUCCAGCAGUCUUCCGUUGUGUAAGAGUAAGCGCCAUGGAGGAUCCAGAAGAGCAGUACGCGUAUCAAACGGCUGUUAACAUUGGAGGACAUCUUUUCAAGGGAAUUCUCUACGAUCAAGGCCCUGAAAAUCGUUACACCACUGGAGGUGAGAGCUCUCAGCAAUUGAAUCUUAUCACGGCACCUCCUACAGUGACUACCACGACAACAACACCCGCCACUACCAACCCUUCAGCUGCCACUUUGAUUGAUCCAUCAUUUUACCCAGCUCCACUCAAUGCUUUCAUGGCUGGUACGCAAUUCUUUCCUCCACCCCCAAGGUCUUAAUAGGAGGACUAGCUGCUUCUACUUGAGCUUUUAAAGAAGCUUCAUUUGUCAUGCACCAAAUCUAAAUUGUUGUUUUAUGUGGUUCUAGUAGAUCUUUAACACCCAAUGAGGUAUAAAGCACAUAUAUGAAAAAGAUAUGGAGAAUGCAUAUGAUAUGGGGAUGUUGGUUUUGUUCGAAUUUCAAUUGAGAUUUUCUUGGUUAAAUUUUUUAUAUUAUCGAUGACACAAU